UGUGAGUCAGACGGACCGCAUAAAUUGAUCAUUGAGCGGAGACAGACGACGUUAGUGUCUUUUGUGGAUUUGUUUUAUUGCAUUCUGUCCAUACUGUAACGGAAUUGAAACACGCACAGUUUGAACAGCUAGUACAUAAAGUGACCCUUUCGCUAUCGCUUUAAAGCGAAUACCUUUUUCUGGGAACCUUUGGAGACCCAGAUAACAUGGACCGAUUCUACGACCAGCAAGUCCCAUUUAUGGUCCCACCCAAUCAGAAAUCUCAUGUGGAGGAACCAUACAGCAGACCAGUCAUCGACAACAGGAAAAGGAAGUUUGUAGACACAGAACUCGCCCAGGACACGGAAGACCUCUUCCAAGACCUCAGCCAGUUACAGGAGAUUUGGAUUGCAGAAGGUGAGUUAUCUUCCCAGGUGCCUGAUGAUGAACAGUUUGUCCCAGAUUUCCAGUCAGAUAGCUUGAUGUUUCAUGGCCCCCCACAAACCAAGAUUAAACGGGAACUGAGUCCUUCCAAAGAGAUUUCUCAUUGUAGCCAGGACAGGAGUCUCAUGCCAUACGGAGAGAAGUGCCUUUACAGCUACAGUGCCUAUGAGAGGAAACCCAGUUUGGGCUAUAAGCCAUUGACCCCUCCCACUACACCCGUGUCACCGUGCAGCUCUACCAACACCCCAGGGACACACCCACUCAGUGAGCAGACUCCUCCCCCUCCUCAAAUACCCAAUCAGAACCAGGCGCAAGGGCUGCAGCACGGCCAGCCUGGCAACCAUGCAGUCGGCUCCGCCCACAGCCAGCAGAGGCCGCUCUCACUCCACAGCCAGAGCCCGCCCUUUGCAGUGCCCUGCCCACCCUCACACCUCAGUCAGGAUGGCACCUACAGCCCUGAGCAUAGGUUCCAGAGGCAGAUGUCGGAGCCAUGUCUACCCUUCCCUCCCUCUGAGAGCCAGGCUCGCCCCCAGUUCCUGGCCCAGCAGCAGGCCCCCAGCCACAGCACCCUGCCCAGGGACGGGAGGCCCCCCUACCACCGCCAGAUGUCUGAGCCCUUGGUCCCUGGUCCUGUGCCUCUACACGGCUUCAAGCAGGAGCUGCUGGACCCCCGCUACACCGAGGAGGGUGUCCCCUCCAUGGGCACUCAGGCUGCCUUCCACCCCAUGGCCAUCAAGCAGGAGCCCCGGGACUUCUGCUUCGACUCUGAAGUGCCUAUCUGUCAGUCUACAUUUGGAAGAGCAGGGACCUUCUACCAAAACAACCAUGAAAGUUUCUCCUUCAACAGAGAGCUUCACCUGUACUACGAAGAUACCUGUGUGGUUCCUGACAGACUUGAAGGGAAGGUCAAGCAGGAGCCCUCAGUGUACCGUGACGGCCCUCCCUACCAGCGUCGUGGCUCUCUGCAGCUCUGGCAGUUCCUGGUCACCUUAUUGGACGACCCGGCCAACGGUCACUUCAUCGCCUGGACAGGCCGGGGCAUGGAAUUCAAACUCAUAGAGCCAGAAGAGGUUGCUCGCCGCUGGGGCAUCCAGAAGAACAGGCCAGCCAUGAACUAUGACAAGCUGAGUCGUUCUCUGCGGUACUACUACGAGAAGGGCAUCAUGCAGAAGGUAAAGGUUGCUGGUGAGAGGUACGUGUACAAGUUUGUGUGUGACCCUGAGGCCCUGUUCUCCAUGGCCUUCCCUGACAACCAGAGGCCCAACCUGAAGGCUGACCCUGACAGCCUGCCCUGCGGUCAGGUGGACGACGACACCCUGCCCCUCACCCACUACGACAAGAACACCCCUUACCUGGUGGACUCUGGGGAGCAGUGUGUAGGAGGCCUGCCCUUCCCUGAUGGCUACGGCUACUGACACACUUCCCCUACUACUACUAAACCCGACCCAGAGAUCAAACGGCUGAGGCUGAGCAAGAAACUGGAUCAAACCUGAACCCGAAACCUCCCUCUCCUCUUACCGCUAAAUUACUCCUCCGAUCUUGCCAACUUACAGAUUAACUUAACCCUCCCUCCCCCUGAAACGACUGAGGAGAAACCUGCACCAACCACCUUCUCUGGCAUCAUCUACUGUACCAAGAGAGAGGGGGGCCGUGGAAGUGCGGAAUGGACUCCAGUGGCUCCUCCGACUUAAGGCGAGGUGGCGUUGUUGUUGCAAUGGAGACCAAGAGGAAGUGAUGGAGGCCCAGGGGCCGCGUUAUGAUGACAACAUGCCGGAGGACUGCCAGAUGGGUCUCUGUGCAAGAAUUGUAGCAAUUCUGAUUGACAAUCUCCUUUUUUCUAAAAGAGUAAAAUAAGUAUAUUAAAAGUUAAAAUAUAUAAAUGCAGCACUAUUCUAUAGUUGCCUUUUUCGUCCCCCAUAAUUAUAUAUUUUCUGCCACAUAUGAACAAUAAGAUCUGUGUAAGCAAGGACUUUAAUUUGCAAAAAAAACUACAGCAAAGAAAAACUCCAAACCUACACACCUAUUUGUUUAUGUAGACUUAAGAAACGUCUUUUAGUAUAGAAAUGUCUGUUAGUAUGCUGGCUUUUCUACAAUUGGUUAAGGAUUUAGACCUAGUAGUACUCUAACCCACUGGGAUAUUCUAUUGUUUCAGAUUAGAUGGAUGGAUUCCUCCGACCAGAGGCCUACGUUUUUUUAUUGUUUGUGUUUAAUGCCGGCCCGGCUGUGUUUUUAUCCAGUGUAAUUAUUUAAUGUUUGUUCUGUUCUGCUGGGUUAGCUGAGGUUACCUGUGAGUGCCCUACUAGCGUAAAGCUCCAGGCUCUCCGAGAGCUGUGGCUGCAUCUGAAACGACACUCCAUUCACUAUAUAUAGUACACUACUUUACAAAGCCCACAAGGCUAUGGUCAAAAUAAGUGCAAUAUAAAGGAAAUGGGGUGAAUUUUGGAUGCAGACUCUGAGCCACCAGACAUUCUCCUUUAUAGUGACACUCCACACCAUUUUUCAUAAACUCACUCCUUAUAUUGCCUCAAAGUUGUAACUGACUAAUCAGCACUCCACCUCUAAAAAAAAUGAAAUAAAAAAACUAGGCCCUGCAGGAAUCCUUUUUAUUUUCCAAAAGGGACACCUCAGUCAAUAUUUUUCCUAGAGAUUUUGAAUUUAUACAUGCCUAAAAAGUUAUAUUAUUAAAAAAGGUCAAAUCUUAAUUUUUUUAUUUUAUUGGGUGCUUGAUGUUUCCUCAGCAGCGAGUGUACUAUAUUUCUCAGAUGCAUUAGGAUGGUAGGACGGCAUCGUUCAGGACCUUGCAUGCAAAGGGGUGAAAUUCUACACCGUUCCCUGGACUCCUUUCUGCCAAUCACAGGUUGUCAACAAGAGACCCCUGCUUCUCUUUGCAUGACGGUGUAUUGAAACAAACUGUCCACUAACAUAUCGCUUUACUCUACUCUGGACAAAGAAGCAGAUUGUGAAACUCUGCAUUUUGUUCACGUUUGUUUAUUAAAUGGGAAAAAUACAAACUUAUAUAAAUAUAUAUUUUUGCUAAGUCUGCAUCUGUUUGAUUUUAUUAUUGUAUAAGCCUGUAUAGUUCUGCCUAUAACAACGUAUGCAUCUUUUUAAAAAAUCUGGAUACCUGUGACUCAAAUAGUACUGCAGACAGUGAUUCAGAGGCCACUCUUGGUGAAUGAAAGGAUGAAGAACAAGAAUGUCUUAGUUCUAAAGGGGUAGUAUGGCUGGGGUUCCUACCGUGUAUAGUGGACUAUUUAAAAAAAAAAUAAUAAUAAUAAUAAUA